AAAGAAAGAAAAAUUAUAAGUACAGGUGUAGCCCUCUUCAGCGCAGUUCCCUCUUUGUGAUCUCUACUCCUGCUUAAGCUUCACGCCUCGAGGCUCGAGCAUCUCGUUCUCCAGAGGCAAAACACUGUCUCAACUCCGAAGCCGAGCUGAUUUUUGAAUCCCUAUUCCGUAUAAAGGAAUAGCUUAAACCACAGUUUAAUGGCUCAGGAUACUUCAUUGAAUAUUGAAUCACCUAGGCGGCGGUUUGGACUAUUAAGGGAUCAAGUCCAUUUGGUUAAAAGAAAGGACUCUGAUCGGUUUGAGGUUGUCCCAAUCCAAGAUCCCUUUUCAUUUGAGAAGGGUUUCUUCAUUGUAAUCCGUGCCUGUCAGUUGUUGUCUCAAAAAAAUGAGGGGAUAAUUUUAGUUGGAGUUGCAGGUCCCUCUGGGGCUGGGAAAACUGUCUUUACAGAAAAGUUGCUCAACUUUAUGCCCAGUGUUGCUGUCAUAACAAUGGACAACUACAACGAUUCAAGCCGUCUUAUUGAUGGAAACUUUGAUGAUCCACGAUUGACGGAUUAUGACACUUUGCUUGAGAAUAUCCGUGGUUUAAAGGAAGGGAAGUCUGUUCAGGUUCCUAUAUAUGAUUUUAAAUCUAGCUCUCGAACUGGUUACAGGACAAUUGAAGUUCCCAGCUCCCGCAUUGUGAUUAUUGAAGGCAUAUAUGCAUUAAGUGAAAGAUUGCGGCCUUUGCUAGAUCUUCGUGUCUCUAUUACUGGGGGAGUUCACUUCGACCUGGUCAAGAGGGUGUUAAGGGACAUUCAACGUGCUGGACAAGAGCCUGAAGAGAUAAUCCAGCAAAUAUCUGAAACGGUGUAUCCUAUGUACAAGGCUUUUAUUGAGCCCGACCUCCAGACAGCGCAUAUAAAAAUUAUGAACAAAUUUAAUCCAUUUAAUGGAUUUCAGAAUCCCACUUAUAUUUUAAAGUCAUCACGGACUGUGGCUGUGGAGCAAAUCAAGGCUGUUCUUUCUGAAGAACACAAGGAAGCCACAGAGGAAACUUAUGAUAUAUAUCUUCUCCCUCCAGGUGAAGACCCUGAAGCAUGCCAAUCAUAUCUGAGGAUGAGGAACAAGGCUGGCAAAUACAAUCUUAUGUUUGAGGAAUGGGUCACAGAUAAUCCAUUCAUCAUAUCACCAAGAAUCACUUUUGAAGUUAGUGUGCGCCUUCUUGGUGGACUUAUGGCUUUAGGGUAUACAAUUGCAUCCAUUCUGAAAAGAAGCAGCCACGUCUUUUCUGAUGACAGAGUGUGUGUGAAAAUUGAUUGGUUAGAACAACUUAAUCGGAAUUAUAUUCAGGUCCAAGGGAGAGAUCGUUUGUAUGUUAAACUUAUUGCAGAGGAUCUGGGAUUAGAUGGCUCAUAUGUUCCUCGUACAUACAUAGAACAGAUUCAACUGGAGAAACUUCUAAAUGAUGUUAUGGCAUUGCCAGAUGACCUGAAGACACAGCUCAGCAUAGAUGAUGAUAUGGUCUCAAGCCCCAAAGAAGCUCUCACCCGAGCCUCUGCUGAUAGGAGAAUGAAGUAUCUGAACCGUGGUAUGUCGCAUUCAUUUUCAUCACGACGAGACAAGAACUUAUCCAAGUUGACCAAACUUGCUGUCAAUAAUAGAAGAUAUGAUGGAAGAACUCUGGAUUCUCCAGCAUCACUUACUAACCAGGGAAUCAUUACUCAACUCUCAGAACAAAUAUCCACUCUAAAUGAGAGAAUGGAUGAGUUUACAUCUCGUAUUGAAGAAUUAAAUUCAAAGCUAGCUGGCAGGCAAGUUUCAGCUAGCCAACAAAAUUUAGCUUUGCAGGCUGAAGCCUGCAAUGGAGGCACACCCCCUUCACUCCUUGUGGCUGGUACUGGUUCAAUGCCCAAUUCAUCAUCUUCAUCCCAAUUAGCGAGGGAGUCCCCUUUGAUGGAUGAGGUGUUACUUGUAGCAAGGGGCCAGCGUCAAGUCAUGCAUCAAUUAGACAAUCUGAUCAAUCUUUUGCAUGAGAUCCGCCGAGAGAGUUCUGGUGCUGGAAGAACUGAUACAAGCAGAUCAACAGAUGCCGGGGCCGUUGGAAUUUCUUUCGCCCUAACUUUGGCCCUUGGUGGCCUCGGCAUCUUUUUCUUCAGGACCUUGUCUUCCCAACACUGAUAGUGCGCUGGGAAUCCAGUCUGCUGCAUACUAGAAGCAUGUAUAUGUUGUGUCUUGUUGCAAACGUCUUGGGAUGAAACAAUUGGCAACUCAGGAUCUUUCUGUUCAAACUGUUGACUCCGUUGGUUGGUUCUAUGGAGCAGUAUAUAUAGAAUGCAUUAGAAGUUAAAGUAA